AUGGAAACAUCCGACUUCGGAUCUUCAUUUGGCGGGUAUUUCAAGAUUAGUGGUAGCUGUAUCCUCCUUCUCUAUAAAUCGACCUCGUCAGCUCCCACUCCACCAACAUCAUCAAAUACACUAUCCGUGAAUCACGACGUCGUCUUCUCCACUUCUUCGUCGUUUCGCCUUCGCCCCUCCUCCGCCGCCGCCACGACGACGACGACGGUGCACGAGGCGAGCACGUCGCCGCAGCACCAUCAGCCACGGCGCAGCGGUAUGACCGUGGCGAGUUACAGUAUGGUGCUGUGCGGCUCAUCUGAUGAUCAUCGCUACCGAGGUCGAAUCGAAAAAGUAAAAUUUGGUGUACCCAUAAAUGAAGCAUUUGCCCAUGAUAUUCCAGCAACUUUAUUGAUGCUUCUUCUGAAAGUUAAUAAAGAUGGACCAGCUAAAAAAGAUAUUUGGAGGGCUCCUGGAAAUCAAGCACAAGUCAGAAAAUUAUCACAAGUGAUGCAGCAUGGACGACUUGUUAACAUUGAAAAUUUCACAGUCUAUACGGCAGCUUCAGUCAUCAAAAAGUUCCUUUCGAAACUUCCAGGAGGAAUAUUCGGCAGGGAUAACGAAGAAACAUUAUUCAAUAGUGCAUCAACUGGAAUGGAUAUUGAGAAACAACGACAAGUAUUUUAUAGGAUAUUCGGUUCACUUCCCGUUGCUUCUCAGCACCUUCUCGUUCUUCUAUUUGGUACAUUUCGAGUAGUAGCUGAUUCUUCAGAUGGACAUUCGACUGCAAUGAAUCCAAAUGCAAUAGCUAUUUCAGUGGCUCCGUCGUUAUUUCAUACAUGUAUUCACGAUGGAAGAACGGCUCGAGUAGAAGACCUUCAACGCUUCAAACUUGCCUCAAACAUCGUCUGCUCAAUAAUUUGCUCAUUCGGCGAUACAAAAUUAUUUCCCCGAGAAUGUUACGAAUAUUAUGCCAGAUACACGGGUCGAACGUUACGAAUUGACGAAAAUCGAAUGUUCACAUUUCAUAACCCUUCCAAUCGUCGUGCUCGUGGCGAAGAAUUCUCCGCGCUCGCUGCAAAGUGUGCCGGUGCAUAUUCACUUGCUGCACUCCACCUGGCAGAAGAAACAUCACCCGAACCCUCACUUGCUCCGUCAACAUCAAAACCUCCACGUGGGAACGGAGUUGGACGAGCUGGAAGUCUGAAACAACACGCGCUGACUCAAACAACAGAUCAUCCGAAAAGAAGUGUGUCAAUUGCAACAAAGGAACCAUAUCCAACUGAUUUGAGGACAUCGGUCAGCUGCGAUUUCUGA